CUGCUAUCAGCCUUGACUUUUUGGAUUCUAGAUAUAUUUGCCAUAAAUCGACAGAAUGGACUUGGAGGUCACUGAACAUCUUAUGAGGCAUAGAGAGUCCAGUAUAAAGAUGGCUGAUUCCUGUGUUAACCAAGAUGGGUGCCAUACGGAGGAGGGUAGCAGUGUUGCCGAGGAGGCCAUGUUCAGCAUGGCAGACAUGUUCUUAUUAUCGCUCAUCGUUGGCCUACUCACCUAUUGGUUCUUCUUCCGCAAGAAGAAAGAGGAGACGAUUGAGUUUAAAGUUCAGACCCCUGUAGCAUCAUCCAACUCCCGAGAAAGCAGCUUUGUGGAAAAGAUGAAAAAGACGGGCAAAAAUAUAGUGGUAUUCUAUGGAUCUCAGACAGGAACUGGAGAAGAGUUUUCUAAUCGUCUUGCUAAGGAUGCUCACCGCUACGGUAUGCGUGGUAUGUCUGCUGACCCUGAAGAAUUUGAAAUGGUGGAUCUUGGUCGUCUUAAGGACAUUGAAAACUCUCUUGCUGUAUUCUGCAUGGCUACAUAUGGUGAAGGGGACCCUACAGAUAAUGCCCAGGACUUCUAUGAUUGGUUGCAAGAAGCGGACGUUGAUCUGUCUGGUCUAAAGUUUGCAGUAUUUGGCCUUGGAAAUAAGACAUAUGAGCACUUUAAUGCCAUGGGCAAAUACUUGGAUAAAAGACUAGAAGAGCUGGGUGCAGAAAGAAUCUUUGAACUAGGAAUGGGAGAUGAUGAUGGCAACCUGGAAGAAGAUUUUAUCACUUGGCGUGAGCAGUUUUGGCCUGCAGUGUGCGAACAUUUUGGCGUGGAAGCAACAGGAGAUGAAUCCAGUAUUCGUCAGUAUGAACUUGUAGUGUACACAGACGAGAAUAUGAACAAGGUGUACACCGGAGAGAUGGGCCGUCUUAAGAGCUAUGAGAUACAAAAACCACCUUUUGAUGCAAAAAAUCCAUUCCUGUCCAGUGUAACUGCUAACCGAAAACUUAACCAAGGUGGAGAGAGGCAUUUGAUGCAUCUGGAACUUGAUAUCACGGACUCAAAAAUCAGGUACGAGUCAGGAGAUCACGUGGCAGUUUAUCCAGCUAAUGAAUCCUCAAUAGUUAACAAACUCGGAGAACUUCUGGGAGUAGACCUUGACACUGUGAUAUCUUUGAACAAUCUUGAUGAGGAAUCAAACAAGAAGCAUCCAUUCCCUUGUCCUACCUCUUAUCGCACAGCUCUUACCUAUUACUUGGAUAUCACCAAUCCACCUCGUACCAAUGUACUUUAUGAGCUUGCCCAGUAUGCCACCGAUCCUAAAGAGCAAGAGAAUCUGCGUAAAAUGGCCUCUUCAUCAUCUGAUGGCAAAGCCUUGUAUCUGAAUUGGGUUUUGGAAGCAAGAAGAAAUAUUCUGGCAAUUCUAGAAGAUAUGCCUUCAUUGCGUCCACCACUUGAUCAUCUUUGUGAAUUAUUACCACGUCUGCAGGCCCGUUACUACUCAAUUGCCUCCUCUUCAAAAGUCCAUUCCCAUUCCAUACACAUUUGCGCAGUUGUAGUAGAAUAUGAAACCAAGACUGGACGAUUCAACAAAGGUGUCACCACAAACUGGCUCAGAAACAAACAGCCAACUGACAAUGGGCACAAAUCGUCUGUGCCCAUGUACGUCCGCAAAUCUCAGUUCCGACUUCCAUUCAAACCCACCACGCCAGUUAUCAUGAUUGGGCCUGGCACUGGUAUUGCCCCAUUUGUGGGAUUCAUCCAAGAGCGAGAAUGGCUGAAGCAGCAAGGUAAGGAGGUUGGAGAAACUGUCCUGUAUUACGGCUGCCGGCAUGAACAUGAAGAUUAUCUGUACAAGGAAGAACUUGCUAAAUUUCAUAAAGAUGGCGUCCUCACCCAGCUGCAUGUUGCCUUCUCCCGGGACCAGAAAGAAAAGGUUUAUGUUCAGCAUCUUCUGAAGAAAAACAAGGAAAAUAUCUGGAAGCUGAUAAAUGAGGAAAACGGUCACAUCUAUGUGUGCGGUGAUGCCCGCAAUAUGGCUCGUGACGUGCAUAACACUUUCUAUGACAUUGUUGAAGAGUAUGGCAAGAUGGAUCACAGUCAGGCAGUAGAUUACAUCAAGAAGCUAAUGACCAAGGGCCGUUACUCCCAAGAUGUCUGGAGUUAAAGCACGCAAGGCCUGCAAUAAGAGGACUGUCUAGAGCUACUGUUGGAGAUCUGCAUGAGCCCGUUCAGAUUAAUCUGUUAGACUUUAUCUUUUAGAUUCGUUUUUAAGAGAUGCAGCGACAAAGGUGUAGUACUAUUCCAAAUAUAAUUCUCUCCAAUUAUGUUUUGAACAGUACCAGUCAAUAAACUGUCCAAACCAGUAAGAUAUCCAUGGUCAGUCAGUGUGAAAUGGACUUUGUAGCCUUUAUUGUCAAAGGAUAUGCCGUUCAGGAAAUCAAAUCUUUUUCUUUUUUUGUGCUUGCCUUUUCUCUUGAGGUACAAGCAGGAGCAUAAUCAUGGUUAACAUCGAAGACCGUUUUAUAUACUGCUCACUUCUCAUAUCAUGUGGCUGCUUUCUUGUAUUUGUCGGUUAUUAGUGGAUGAGCUGCAAUAUAUUCUACAUUGAAGCAUCUGUUGUAUUUUGACUUUUGCUAGUUAAGCUAAUUUCACUAAUAGUUAUACAAUUCUUACUUUAUGUGAAGCUUUGAUAAUGGUUAAAUACAAAGCCUUGAGGAUACCAGUUCAUCUAGAUGAACUGGAAACUAUUUGUG